AUGGCGGACGCGGAGGAGGCACGCAGUGAGCGUCUGGUGCUGUCGGGCUCGUCGGACGCGUUGGGUGUUGAUGGGUGCUUCAUUAAGUUAACUACUGGUGCUCAACUACUUGCUGCCACUGGUAGAGAUGGCAACAACAAUAUAUACCCACUAGCAUUUGGUAUUGUUGGGCAAGAGGACACACCUAACUGGUGUUGGUUUCUACACCAACUUAAAAUCUGCCUAGGAGGAGAAGAGGGACAGUUUGGUCCAUAUACAAUAAUGUCAGAUAGACAAAAGGGCCUACUAAAUGCAGUGAAUGCUGUCUUUCCUAAGUGCAACCAAAGGUUCUGCCUUAGGCAUAUCUAUGCAAACUUCCAAAAUGCUGGGUUUAGGGGGGAAGAUCUGAAGAAGUGUAUGGAUAAUGCUGCCUAUGCAUAUAGUGAACACAAAUUUAACAUUGCAAUGAAUGACCUUAGAGCUGAAUGUCAGGAAGCUUGGGAGUGGCUUUGUCAAAUACCCAAGAAAACAUGGGCAAGGCAUGCAUUUGACACAAACUGCAAGACUGACCUUGUAGUUAACAAUUUGUCUGAGGUGUUCAACAAGUAUGUCCUAGAUGUUAGGAAGAAACCAAUUAGGACAAUGUGUGAUGGAAUAAAGGAUAAACAGAUGAUGAGGUGGCAUAGGAAUAGGGAGAGUGCAAAGACAGCUAGAUGGGACAUAACACCCCAUUAUAGUGAGAAGCUAGAGGUUGAGAAGGAGAGGGCCAAAUAUUGCAAACCAAUUCAAGCCGGUGUGAACUUGUGGCAGGUUACAAGUGGGCAGCAAACCCAUGCUGUUGACUUGCAAGUGCACACAUGUGGGUGCAGAAAAUGGGACCUCAGUGGCAUCCCAUGUAACCAUGCCAUCUCAGCAAUCAACAAGGGCAAAAGAAAACCAGAGGAUUAUGUCAGCAAGUUCUUCAAGAAAGAAUUUUAUGUGGCAGCUUAUGAACCAAUGAUCUAUCCAGUUCCUGGUGAGCAUGACUGGACAAAGACCCCUGGUCCAGACAUUGACCCACCUGCAUUUAAAGUGAAGAGAGGAAGAAAGAAAGAGAAGAGGAUCAAGGGGGAAAUUUGA